AUGGCUGGUGUCUUUGCGACCCGGCAGCCAGAGAUGGAGGACGUGAUCAUGCAGGAUGCGAGCCUGCUGUCCGCCGACACUCCUCGCGCUGGGAUGGACGACUCCAGCUACGUUUACGAUCCCAUGGACAUCAGUCCCAUUCCCACUCAACCUCGCACUCGCAUUAGCCCUCGAUUCGGAUUUGCCUCCAGCUCGAUUAAUGCACCUGCUCCCCUCUCUCGCGUCGGUUUCGCCGCUCGCUCCUCCCACCAACUAGGUGCCCCGCGCGCCCCAGUCCCUCCCAUCCGCAGUACCUUCAUCAAACCGCUCCAGCGCUUCUCUCCCAACUCGCGCGCGCGCACCACCACCGGCCAUUUUGGCCUCAAUAACCAGACGAACUCGUGGGCUAAGCCUGCGAUCUUGAAUACUCGCCUUCCGUCCACUCGCGACUCGUCUUUUACCAGUCUCAAUACAAAUCACUCUACCUUUGAUCGCAAAUCUUUCAGCUUCGAUUCCUUCACCACAUUCGGCACUGCCGACACAACUUCGCGCAAGAGAUCGAUCGAUGAAGACAUCCAGAUCAGAAGCCCUACCUCGGAAGAAGACAAUAGACUAUCCACAAAAUACCGUCGUGUUAGCAUCAACCAGUUCCCCGAAUCAGCUAUCCUAGCUCAGUCGACUAAAGUCGUCGAGUCUCGUCCCGCCGAACCUGCAUUGCCAGUUCAUGUCUCUCCUCCCUCCACCGAUCUUUCUGCCGCCGCCCCAUCGUCGAACUUACAAUUUGUUGCACCUGUCACUUUGCAUUCGCCAGGUCAUGUGGCCUAUGGCAAUAUCCCGGGCAUGUGGCCGGAACAGUCUCCCAUGCCUUUGAAUAGUCAUCUCACCUCCACGGCGAAUCCUGGAGAUUCGGCCCAUACGUCUAAUGCACUUGCGCAUAGUACUUCACCUGCUUUUGUGCCUGCUGCGCACAAUGAUGCCGAAGUUCCCUCUACCACAACUUCUACAUUGGCAAAGUUCUUCAGCGCCUGCGAGAAAUACUCCAUGGCCAUUGUCAACCAUUUCAAAUCAGUUACCGAAACUGUCUCUACAUAUGCUGGCUCGGUUGGCCGCCGUGCCGCCGGCCUCUUUCAACGCCGUGUCCCUCGUCCGGCCCGUCGCUCACCCCGUGCUUCUCCCACCCGCGUGAAUCUUCAUGCUUUGCCGGCUGGACAGCGUCGCCAGAUCCGCGAUAACCAGAGGCGUCGAGAGAGAGGCUCCCCAGCGGCCGAAGAGUUCCCCUUCCCGGACCUAACGAUCGACUUUCCUACAUUCCCUGUUGGUGGCCCAUCUUCGACUACUGCGGCCAGGCCGUCCUCGCCUUCCGUCACUCCACCUUCUCAUCGCCACAUUUCUACCGGAUUUUCCAAGGAGCGUCGCCAACCUCGGGGCACCACACGUACCGGCGUGAUGAAACAUGGCCAACGUAAGCAAUCCAGCCGUUGUGAACAGAAAUUGUCAGUUCUCGGCCCAGUGAGCCCGAAGAAGAAGAGCCCCAAUGUCAAUCCCAAAGUCAGCCCGAACCUCAAACGUCGCAUCGGGUUGAUCAAUAGAAGAAACCCUGAGCAAGCACGACGUGCGAUUAUGCUGCAGAAAGCUCUUCGCACCAGCAAAUUCGACCCUUCGACGACCCUGCGCACCAGAGCUAUUGCUGCGUCUGCCCUUCAAAAGGAAUCGCCCGCUCGCCCUCCUGCCUCUGAGCCCCUGGAACAGGUUGCCCAACCUACUCCUGUCCAGGUCGAACAGAAAGCGCCGAAGCGCAAGAAGGUCCAGUUUGACUCUCCUCUCGUUCGGAUUAUUCCUGAAUCGGAUCUGGUUCCGGAAAUCGCUCCGUUCCUACACCCAUCUCCAGACUCGAAACAUGCGGGCGAUGAACAGAAACCUUCCGAUGUAUCAACUGAACAAAAAGAAAAUGUACCUCCUGCGGAGAUCAAAGUCGAAAUUGAACCUGAGGACGCCUCUACAGUCUACCCGUGGCUGAAUCCUGACUUCCUUCCCCUUGGACGACCGGUCUCGGCUGUGCGUCUUUUCGCCGCCCCGAAGCCUCUGCCGCCGGGCCGCACCGAGUCGAUCUAUGCCAAAGAAUGGAAGAAGAUCGAAGAGGAGAUCAAGAAGGAGCAGCGCCCCGCUCGAAUUCGCCCCGAGGGCCCUGCGGUCCGCCCUCUCCCUAGGAACUGGGCCAGGCGCGUUGCCGAUGCGAUGGCUCAACCGAGCAACCGACAGAUUGCGACCACACUUGCAGGCGAUCCUCUGACGAAGAGAGAUCUUGCGACCUGCUAUACUCCGAUGGCCUGGCUCAACGAUGAAGUGAUCAACGCGUAUAUGGCUCUGAUUGUGGACUACCUGCGACGGACCCAUGGUAACGCUGGACGUCAUGACAAGCCUCGGUUCCACGCAUUCAACUCCUUCUUCUUCUCGAGCCUCCGCGAUAAGGGCUACCAGGGGGUGCGUCGCUGGGCUUCGCGGGCCAAGAUUGGCGGCGAGAAUCUGUUGAAUGUGGAUGUGGUGUUCGUUCCGGUCCACAACAGCGCGCACUGGACGCUGAUUGUGGUCAAGCCGUCGGAACGCACGAUCGAGCACUUUGACUCCCUGGGGUCGCUCUCCCCGCGCCAUGUGAAAUUGAUCAAAGACUGGCUGAAGAAUGAGCUGGGGGGGGCGAUACGUGGAGGAGGAGUGGGCCGUCCUCCCCUCCGUAUCCCCCCAACAAGACAACGGUAG